CCAUCAAAUGCAUAAAAAAAAAACAUUUAAUAAAAAAGUUCUUGGAACCGCAUGACAUAACCUUUGUAACAUUGUAAAACUGCAAUAUAAAAUAAAUUAUAAACAAAUUUUUUGUUAUACAAAAAAGUUUUUAAUUGCAAUAGUGUAAUAAAUAAAAUUCAGCUAUGUUCGCUCAAGUUAUGAAAUCAAGUCGUCAGCAUAUAUCGCUUUUGUCUCGUGUUUGGAGUGGUUCAAGUGGUGUUUUAGCUGGUAAAGAAGCAGAGAUUAAAAUGACAACAUUAUUGAGAAAUAAAUUUCCAAAAGCUAAAGUUAUUGAAGUUAAUGAUAUAUCAGGUGGUUGUGGUGCUAUGUUUGAAAUAAACGUUGUGUCUACUGAAUUUAAAGGAUUAAAUACUGUUAAACAACAUCGUUUAAUUAAUGAGACAUUGAAAGAUGAAAUUAAAGACAUGCAUGGUAUCAGAAUCAGCACAGAAAUUCCUAGUUCUUAGAUAAAAAUUUAUAAAGUUAAUCAAUUUUAAAUUGUGGUUUUGAACUUGAGUGUAAGCUUGUAAAU